CUCUGCUUGGCUGCCACUCGCACAACAGCAGCACACGACAACUGUGGACUUCUGCCCACGCUGAAAUAAAUGCGCGGUGUUGUCAUCAGUCUCCAAAAAUUGGAGCGAAAACACGGAAAAAAAACGGACUAAUGUUGCCGAAAUGAGCCUGGACGCCAAUGUUCGAAGAAGGUGGCAAUCAGGUUUAGGGUGAAAAACGAGACAUCGGAAUGCCACAAGCGUCCUCGCUGCUCUCUCUCUUGCUUGGGCUCAUGGGAUAUGCUUUGGCAGGGCUCAACAUCUGGCCCUCCUUCCACGUUGCCCUUAGCAACGCCAGUGUCUUCGUGGACUUCAGCACAAAAAUCAACAACAGCCUCAUCCGCCAUCUUAGCCUCUCUCUGAUUGACAUGGACAUUAACGCCACCCUCCUGACCAGGACUCUGCCCAGCAACCAGUCUGCCGGUAGGGUGGAGUUCGGCUGCUCCUGUUUCCUGUAUGCAGGAACUUUCCGCUUCCUCCUGAAGCAGCGCAGCACCACUGAGGAGUCGCACUCAAAUGGGACAGGGGGUUCGGAGAGUACAGUGUGGUGGUGGAGUUCAGAACUGCAGGUGCAAUGGCCCACAUUUCACAUUGCGGUCGAGAGGGUUGGAAACCACUCGGGAGCUUUUCAGCUCGGAAUAUCCACCAAUGAGCACUUCCAGCCUUGCUCUAGCAUCCUCGAACCUGCUCUGCUACUAGAAGUCAGCUACGUGGAGUACAACCAGAUUGGACGAAAAGGCAUCAACAAAGUGCAAGCCCGCACGCAACACCCGAUCCAACCUCUCCGUUCGCAGAUGAUCACGCUUCCCUGUGCCUUCCCUUUCACGGAUAGAGACUUCAUACAAGUGUCCCUCCGCUCUCCUCACUCAGCACAGGAGGUCAAAAGCUCCAGUCCUCUCUACCUGUCUCACAUCUUCUCCUACAAGCUGCUAGUGGAAAACGCCAUUACCUAUAGGAGUGGAUGUGACGGGACUGUGACCGUGAAGCUAGUCACGCCACCUUGCGCUCACAUCGAUGGGAAAGUACUCUUGUAUAAGGACGGCGUUGUCGGAAGUGGUGUCACCGUCUCCUCUGGGACGGGAGCAGGAGGAACAGCAGUUAUGAGCUUCGGGCAAGAGGAGCCGUCCUCUCCUCCGUUGGCUUUUAAUUGGCUCACUCAGGGAGAGAACGAGACGGAAUUCAACUGCUCAGUUUUUGUCCUGGGAAGGAAUAAGUACUGCUUCCGAUUUGUGUUUAACUACAGCCGCUCGCCGAGCCCGGCCCAGACCUGCCUGGUGGUGCACAGGAGCGAAGAUUCUUGGGGGCCUUGGAAACAGUGGAGUGUGUGCAGCGUGAGCUGUGGCGAGGGCGUCAGGGAACGUGUGCGGGAGUGUUUAUUGCCCUCUGGUGUCCAAGGGAAGCAAUGCACUGGAAUGGUGAAGGAACAGUCCUUCUGUUCCUUGGAAGACUGUGCAGCGUUUCCAGCUCCUUCUCCAUCUCUUCCUCCCACCCUAGCUGGAGUUGACCUCUUAGGUGGCAACAUGGUGGUGAUUGCCGGCAUCUCCGUUUGCCUUGCCGUCAUUCUGGCCACUGUCGUCAUUACCGUGUGGAGGAAGCUCUGCCACACCCCUCAGUGCAGUAGCGUCCGCAGAGGCUCUAUGCAUUCCCCUGGUGGUCGGAAACUCUCCGACGAGGCCUCCAUUUGCGGCAACAGCCUUCCGAGGCCGAGUCUGGUGGGCGUUAGUUCGACCCAGAUCCACAGGCCUUCCCUGGGCAAUCCACCUGUUCCUCAGACAAUGGUGAUGCCUCUCUCACAGGAUCCGGAGAGGCUGUCUCCCACUGGUCAGAAGGUCCUGCCUCCCAUCUUUGGGUACCGCUUAGCUCAGCAGCAGUUAAAAGAAAUGAAGAAGAAGGGCUUAACGGAGGCCACACAGUUCUACCACGUCUCCUCAAGCCCAGUUCAGGAUACUUCGGAGGAGACUUCAGCGACCAAUCCCCACAUUCCCUCACCCAUUGCGUCCUCCUUUUCUGAGCCGGCGUCGCAAGCCUCCAGGAUCACGCCGGACCAGCUGAGUCCCAGAGUGGACCUUGUCUUGGGUCCCCAAGUAUCUGGUCAUACAAGUGGAGGCAGCACCAAGUGGCGAGACCGCACUGCCGAUUGGGUGGAGAUGGUGGAGAGGAGCGGCAUGGGAGGUCUCUCAGCACGACCGAUGAGAAACGCAUAUCAUAAGAAUCCAAAUUUCCGCAGGACCUCCAGUUUUACGGAGGCGAAACCUCAGCUUUUGUCUGCAGGACACUACCGUGACAGGAGCAUGACUCAGGUAGGAUCUCGGACCCUUCCCGAAGGAAACUCAUGGACCAAAGAAAGAAGAGAGAGGUCCCCAUUUAGCACCCACCCUAUUCCAGAGCAUGAUGUCCCAAAGUGGGCCCAUUCGAGAGCUGAGAGGAAUCCCUCGAUGCAAAAUGCCAUUCUUUCACAAAUGAAAAACACGGGAACAAGCACCUCACCGAAACAUGUGGACCACUGUGGUGCUGAGGAGAGACAGGCAAGGCGCGAGGCGGGAAGCAGAGCACACGAAGGAAUCUCAGGGAUCGGUGGCCCACUCACGAGUCCUGACUGUGAGUACGGAGCAAACCUGAGUGUGGAACGGGCCGAACAGAACUGGAACCGCCGCGGUCCAUCGCCUAUCCAGAGGAACAUGCUGGCGCGGAAACUAAAGGAGGCGCAGUCCUGCUCCAGCGUCAGAGGACGUCAGCGCAGCUCCACCUUCAGCGUGUCGUCAUCUGAAAACAGGAAAGAAUAUGGCCGCCCGCGUCCUGGUUCUGGAUGCUACGUCGCCACUGAAACUUCUGUGUACACCUUGAGGGAGGCGGAGCAACGGAUUCUGGACCUUCCACCAGAAUAUGCAGAAGACGAGAAUUAGAUCACAAAUAAGUAUGAUCUCCUCUAACUGUGAUUAUCUUUUCUCAGGAGAAUUUAACAGGAU